AGGUCUAUGGAAAUGCAGGACCUAGCAAGUCCUCAUCCGCUUGUUGGAGGUGGUGAUACUCCUGGAAGCUCUAAAUUGGAGAAAGCUAAUCUCAGCAGCACUUCGGUCACCACAAAUGGGACAGGAGGGGACAACAUGACUGUUCUAAACACUGCAGACUGGUUGCUGAGUUGCAACACCCCCUCCUCCGCAACAAUGUCUCUCCUUGCAGUCAAAACAGAACCUUUGAACAGCAGUGACGCCACAGCCACGACUGGAGACGGAGCGCUUGACACUUUUACUGGGUCAGUAAUAACAAGUAGUGGCUACAGCCCCAGAUCUGCACAUCAAUAUUCCCCACAGCUGUAUCCUUCCAAGCCCUAUCCACACAUUCUUUCUACACCAGCAGCUCAAACAAUGUCCGCCUAUGCAGGCCAGACUCAGUAUUCGGGGAUGCAGCAGCCAGCCGUCUACACUGCCUACUCUCAGACAGGACAGCCCUACAGCCUGCCCACUUACGAUCUGGGCGUGAUGUUACCGGGCAUCAAGACAGAGAGUGGACUCUCGCAAACUCAGUCCCCAUUACAGAGUGGGUGCCUCAGUUACAGCCCAGGCUUCUCUACCCCACAGCCAGGCCAGACCCCUUAUUCUUAUCAGAUGCCAGGUUCUAGUUUUGCACCAUCUUCUACUAUUUAUGCAAAUAAUUCAGUUUCAAAUUCAACGAAUUUCAGUGGUUCACAACAGGAUUAUCCAUCCUACACAGCCUUUGGCCAAAACCAGUAUGCACAGUAUUACUCUGCAUCAACGUAUGGAGCGUACAUGACAUCAAAUAACACAGCUGAUGGCUCAUCCUCCACGACCUCAACCUACCAGUUGCAGGAAUCUCUCCCAGGACUGACUAGCCAACCAGGAGAGUUUGAUACUGUGCAAAGCCCCUCCACACCCAUCAAAGAUCUUGAUGAGAGAACGUGCAGGAGUUCUGGGUCAAAGUCCCGAGGAAGAGGCCGGAAAAAUAAUCCCUCCCCACCUCCUGACAGUGACCUGGAGCGUGUGUUUGUCUGGGACUUGGAUGAAACCAUCAUUGUUUUCCACUCGCUGCUUACAGGAUCUUAUGCCCAGAAGUAUGGCAAGGAUCCCCCCAUGGCUGUAACCCUUGGACUUCGAAUGGAGGAAAUGAUUUUUAAUCUUGCUGAUACACACUUAUUUUUUAAUGAUUUAGAGGAGUGUGAUCAAGUUCACAUAGAUGAUGUUUCCUCUGAUGACAAUGGGCAGGACUUAAGUACCUACAGUUUUGCAACUGAUGGCUUCCAUGCAGCUGCAAGUAGUGCAAACCUUUGUUUGCCAACAGGUGUAAGAGGAGGGGUUGACUGGAUGAGGAAGUUGGCUUUUCGUUACAGAAGAGUAAAAGAAUUAUACAACACCUACAAGAACAACGUGGGAGGACUUCUUGGCCCCGCCAAGAGAGAUGCAUGGCUGCAGCUGAGGGCUGAGAUCGAAGGUCUGACAGACUCCUGGCUAACAAAUGCACUUAAAUCUUUAUCAAUUAUUAGUACGAGGAGUAACUGCGUAAAUGUCUUGGUAACAACAACCCAGCUGAUCCCAGCGCUGGCGAAGGUUCUGCUCUAUAGCUUAGGAGGUGCUUUUCCCAUUGAGAAUAUUUACAGUGCAACUAAAAUAGGAAAAGAAAGUUGCUUUGAACGAAUAAUGCAAAGGUUUGGCAGAAAAGUAGUAUAUGUUGUAAUUGGGGAUGGUGUAGAAGAAGAACAGGCAGCAAAAAAGCACAAUAUGCCCUUUUGGAGGAUAUCAAGUCACUCAGACCUCUUGGCGCUACAUCAAGCACUGGAAUUAGAGUAUUUGUAA